UUCUCCUCUCUUGGAUUCAUUCUCUCUCCAAGAAGCGAACGAUAUCUGGUUUUGUUCAUACACAAUUACAUCGAAGCUUUUGAAGUGAUUCACCGUCCAACUGAAACACAACAAAAUGGAAGGGACUGUAAUUACGCCAUCCUUGGAAGGAAUGAAGCACAUAAAGUCUGAUCGAGGCGAAUUCCUAACAGAGCCUUUUUUGAAUGUUUGCAAAUUGGUAUUGCCUAUUCUAGACAAAUUUGGAGCAGCUAUGGCAUUUGUCAAAUCUGAUAUUGGCGGUAAUAUUUCGAGACUGGAAACCAAGUUUGCUACCAAUCCAUCAAGAUUCAACUACUUGUACAAUUUUGUGCAAGCAGAAGUUGAAACAAGUUCAGCUAAAUCAUCGUCGAGCUGCACAAAUGGCCUUCUUUGGCUAACAAGAGCAAUGGAUUUUGUGGUGGAGCUGUUCAAGAAUUUGGAUGAACAUCAAGAUUGGUCCCUGGACAAAGCUUGCAAUGACUCUUAUGGCAAGACUUUGAAGAAAUGGCAUGGUUGGCUUGCUAGUUCAAGUUUCACGGUGGCAACCAAACUUGCCCCAGAUAGGAAGAAAUUCAUAGAAAUUUUAGGGGAGACUGACAAUGUAUAUGCAGACAUGAAGAAGUUCUAUUCAACUUUUUCACCUGUUCUUGAAGAGAUCCAUAAAUUUCUGGGUAGGAUGGGAUUGGACAGUAUGAAGGCUUUGUGAUUGAUAUGUUUUAUGGCUCAAGACUUCCUUUCUAUGGUCUCCUCUUCUUUGAAAAAAAAAAAUAUGCAUUUUGACUUGAUACUAUAUUAGUCAGGCCAGUGACCUCUGCUGAGGAUAUUUUAAAUACUUUAGAUGACCUUAGUUGAAAGAUUUCGUUGAAAUUGAUAGUUUCUUUAGUUUUAUUUUGCAACUUUUGAUGUCGAUUACUUGUUUUUGUCUUGA